AGGGCGCCCGCGCAGCCACCAGGCACUGGUCUUCCCGUUCAGCAGUGCUGCAGCAGGCAGAGAGGGGGCCAGGUGCACCCGACGCUCCCCUGCCAUCCUCGUGAGCUGCAGCCACCUCUCUGGGUGAAUCAGGCUCUCCUGCCCGGGAUGGACCCCUACCUGAUACAGGUGAACGGCCACAGCACCCUGCCCACCCUCCGCGAUGUCCACGUCCACCUCACCGGAAAGGGCCCCUCGCUGGUCAAGGGCAAAAGCCGCAAGCCCCACUGGGCUGUCCGGGCCUCCGAAAUGUCCAAGAGGACCUUCAACCCCAUCCGAGCUAUUGUGGACAGCAUGAAGGUGGAGCCCAACCCUCACAAGCCGCUCAUCUCCUUGUCCAUAGGAGACCCCACCAUCUUUGGGAACCUCCCUACGGAUGAUGAAGUCACAGAGGCCAUGAAGGAAGCCCUGGACACAGGCGGUUACAACGGCUAUGCGCCUUCCGUGGGGUACCUGUCUUGCCGAGAGGCGGUUGCCGGCUACUACAGCUCCCCAGAGGCCCCUCUGGAAGCGCAGGACGUGAUCCUGACCAGCGGCUGCAGCCAGGCCAUUGAGCUGGCCCUGGCUGUGCUGGCCAACCCUGGGCAGAACAUCCUGGUGCCGCGCCCUGGCUUCUCCCUCUACAAGACCUUGGCUCACUCCCUGGACAUCGAGGUCAAGUUCUACAACCUCUUGCCAGAGAAGUCCUGGGAAAUCGACCUGAAGCAUAUGGAGUCCCUGGUGGAUGACAAGACUGCCUGCCUGAUUGUGAACAACCCGUCCAACCCCUGCGGCUCCGUCUUCAGCAAAAGCCACCUCCAGAAGAUCUUGGCAGUGGCCUCCAGGCAAUGCGUCCCCAUCUUGGCUGACGAGAUCUACGCAGAGAUGGUGUUUGAAGACUGCAAAUACGAGUCCCUUGCCAAACUCAGCACCAACGUGCCCAUCCUGUCAUGUGGUGGCCUUGCCAAGCGGUGGCUGGUGCCCGGCUGGAGAAUGGGCUGGAUCCUCAUACACGACCACAGGGACAUCUUUGGGAAGGAGAUCAGGGAUGGGCUGCUGAGGCUGAGCCAGCGCAUCCUGGGGCCCUGCACCGUGGUCCAGGGAGCUCUUGGGCGCAUCCUCCGACGGACAUCCCCUGAAUUCUACCACAACACCCUCAGCUUCCUCAAGUCCAAUGCCGCCCUCUGCUACACGGCUCUUUCCGCUGUCUGUGGGCUGUGCCCUGUCCGGCCCUCGGGAGCCAUGUACCUCAUGGUCGGCAUUCAGAUGGAGCACUUCCCGGAGUUUGAGAAUGACGUGGAGUUCACAGAGAGGCUCAUCGCUGAGCAGUCUGUCUUCUGUUUGCCAGCGACGUGCUUCGAGUACCCCAACUUCUUCCGGGUGGUGAUCACGGUGCCUGAGGAGAUGAUGGCGGAGGCCUGCCGACGCAUCCGGCAGUUCUGCGAGAGGCACUACCAGGGUGGCGAGGCAGCGGACCUGGAAUGCGACAAGUAGCUGAGGGCGCCCACCCCGGCUGCCUCCACUCCAUCAAGUCAGGCUCACAGGGGCGCUGCCACGCCGGCCUCAGCACGCCGUCUCAGUGCCAUGUCCGAAUGCUGGCGGUCUCAGCCCCACCGCCCCCACCUCCCAACCGGUGGUUCUGGUCCGGAUGUAGCCCCUCUGUCAGCACACAGCUUUGAGGGAGCGCCCAGUGACACUCCUUCCCUGCAGGCAGCCCUGGCCACUGGGUGCUCCUGGCAGCCUGGGCAGUGGUGCAUGGUGGACGCUUGCUGGAGCCGCCGUGAGAAGGAACCCGCCCACCUCCUCAGCCCCACCUGGAGCCAGAGGGGGUCUGUCUUCUGCAGAGGCAGGGAUGAGCCCUGCGCUUGCACAGGCUGUGAGGGAGGUCCACCCUGCCCCUCCUCCAGCCCGUUUCCUCCUUGCCUCUUUGAAGUUCCUAACUUAUUGUACGAAUACCUUUUGUAUGAAUAAAUGCAUGAAAAAUG